AUGACAACUGCUGCACCCACAACUACAACUGCUGCACCCACAACUACUACUGCAGCACCAACGACGACGACUGCUGCACCAACAACAACUACUACAGCACCAACGACGACGACUGCUGCACCAACGACAACAACUGCAGCACCAACAACUACAACUGCUGCACCAACGACGACAACUGCUGCCCCAACAACGACAACUGUAGCACCAACAACAACAACUGCUUCACCAACAACAACUGCAGCACCAACGACGACGACUGCUGCACCAACGACAACAACUGCCGCACCAACGACGACAACUGCUGCACCAACGACUACAACUGUAGCACCAACAACAACAACUGCGGCACCAACAACGACAACUGCUGCACCCACAACUACUACUGCAGCACCAACGACGACGACUGCUGCACCAACGACAACAACUGCAGCACCAACGACGACAACUGCUUCACCAACAACGACAACAGCUGCACCAACGACAACAACGGCUGCACCAACAACAACGGCUGCACCAACGACAACAACUGCUGCAACAACGACGACAACUGCUGCCCCAACAACGACAACUGUAGCACCAACAACAACAACUGCUGCACCAACAACAACGACUGCGGCACAAACAACCACAACUGUAGCACCAACAACAACAACUGCUGCACCAACAACAACAACUGCUGCAUCAACAACGACAACUGCUGCACCCACAACUAGUACUGCAGCACCAACAACGACAACUGCGGCACCAACAACGACAUCUGCUGUCCCCACAACCACAACUGCGGCACUAACAACGACAACUGCUGCACCAACAACAACAACUGCGGCACCAACAACGACAACUGCUGCACCCACAACUACUACUGCAGCACCAACCGCUUUGUCCGAUUCUUCUUCCUCAGAGUUUAAGACGUUGGCUGAUGAAGUCACAAGAGAGGAGUGGCUCAGUCAUUGUGGAUUUGAAUCUGGUCUACGUCAACCAAACAGUUGUUCCGAGUGGAACCGUUGCAGUGGAGACACUGGAUGCCGCAAUAGCAAACGGCACCACCAGCCUCAAUUUGGACAGAUCUACCAUUACCUCGAGUCAAACAACAACUGCUGCACCAACAACGACAACUGCGGCACCAACAACAACUACUGCACCAACAACGACAACUGCUGCACAAACGACAACUCCUGCUGCACCAACGACGACAACUGCUGCACCAACAACGACAACAGCAGCACCAACUACAACAACUGCUGCACCAACGACGACAACUGCUGCACCAACUACAACAACUGCUGCACCAACGACGACAACUGCUGCACCAACAACGACAACAGCUGCACCAACAACAGCAUCUUCUGCACCAACAACGACAACUGCUGCACCGACAACGACAACUGCUUCACCAACAACCACAACUGUAGCACCAACAACAACUGCUUCACCAACAACAACAACUGCGGAACCAACAACGACAACUGCAGCACCAACAACGACAACUGUCGCACCAACAACACAACUGCUGCACCAACAACAACGACUGCGGCACCAACCACCACAACUGCUGCACCAACAACCACAACUGUAGCACCAACAACAACAACUGCUGCACCAACAACUACUACUGCCGCACCAUCGGACCCUCAAGAUUCUCCUUCAGUAGGCGAAGGUUCUCAAAAUUUGACAUUCAGUUUGCAACGCACGUUUGAAAGCACUUUGUCCGAUUCUUCUUCCUCAGAGUUUAAGACGUUGGCUGAUGAAGUCACAAGAGAGGUAAACAAAGGCUACAGAAAAAGAUUCCCUGCCACUUAUUCCCGCUGUUUAGUAAGGUCUUUCAAGAGUGGCUCAGUCAUUGUGGAUUUGACUCUGGUCUACGUCAACCAAACUGUUGUUCCGAAUGGAACCGUCGCAGUGGAGACACUGACUGAAGCAUUAGCCGCCGGCACUACCAACCUCACUGUGGACAGUUCUACUAUUACCAUAACGACAACUGCUGGACCAACAACAACAACUUCAACUACAGCAACACCUGUACCAACUACAACUACAACUUUACCCACUACAACUACAACUGUACCCACUACAACUACUACACCAGACUCUACAGAGUCUCCUGCAGCAGAUGAAGGCACUUUGGAUUUGAGUUUCAGUUUGACACGCACAUUUCAAAGCUCUUUGUCAGAUCCUACUUCCCCAGCCUAUCUGGUGCUGGCUAAUGAAGUCACAAGAGAGGUUAACAAAGGCUACAGAUUUAUGUUUCCAAAAACGUAUUCCCGAUCUCUCGUUAGGUCUUUCCGUAAUGGCUCAAUCCUUGUGGAAAUGAUCCUGGUCUUCCAAAACCAAAGAGUGGUUCCGACCGGAGUCCUGGCAGAGCAGGCACUGCAAGCCGUAAUAUCCUCAGGUAUCACCAACCUAACUGGACUGGACCUUUCUACUAUUACCGCAACAACAACCACCUCAGGAGGACCCACUCUGAAAAUGACCACCACAACUGCAUUUUUUUUGCCCUUCUUGUUAACGGUCAUCAAAGGACUGUUGUUCAGUACAUAGAACACUCAUAUCUUGUAUUAUAUCGAACAAAUAAUAAUAUAAUAAAAUAACGGUCGCGAUUAAGUAUCCAUUUAAAUAAUGGUAAGAAGAAGUUUACAUUUUAACAUUUCCACUGGAAACAACAGUUUCCAAGUGGCAGCCUAAAUGAAAAAUAAAAAUAAAAUUUGACGGUCAUAUACCAUAUGCUGAAAAUAUAUUUCACAUAUUUGGCAAACCAUGGAUGAAAAGAACACUAAAUUAUAUUACAAUUAUUUCUUCAUAUAAACGAUGUAUUACAAUUGUGGUAUGGUAUCUGUCAAGAUGUAGCCUAUUUAAUACUUGAUGUUUUUGGGGGGCCACCUUGCCUCGUUUCUGUCAAAUUAAAUGUAUUUUGUACCUACAUAUCUCACUGCUUAUUGAUAAACAGAAUAAUAUAUUGUAGCCAACUUGUAUUGUAUUGUGGUGUUUAUUAUUGUUAUGAAUCUAUGGAUUAAAA